CGCGACGUCGUCCGACACCCUGGCGCGAAGGCGCUCUGGAGCGUGGGACUCGACUACGCCCACGGCACCGGGCACGGCGUGGGCUCUUUUCUCAAUGUGCACGAGGGCCCUCACGGGAUCGGCAUUCAUCCAGUUGCCACCGAAGCGAAGAUUGAGCUGCACUCCAUCGUGUCGAACGAGCCUGGCUACUACAAGGACGGCCACUACGGCAUCCGCAUUGAGAACCUCGAGGAGGUGGUCGAGUGUCGGACCAAGUACAGCCCGACCGGCUUCUACACCAUGUCUCACCUCACGAUGGUGCCUCUGUGCCGGGACCUCAUCGAUACGAGCCUCCUCACAGAGAUGGAGCGCGCCUGGGUAGACCGCUACCACGCCAAGGUAGUAGCGAACAUCAUGCCUCACCUGCAAAAGGCGGGCGACCAGAACGCCAUCGAGUACCUCAAGUACCACGCGCAGCCUCUCUGA